AUGUGUUACCAUAGUGAUAUGUAAACUCGUCGGCUAACCUUAGCUGUUUAAUAUUGUUCAUAAGGAUAACUUAUUACUUACGAAAGAAACAGAAGUAAGUGACUGUUACUGCUGAUAUUUUCUAUUUUCCCCAUUAAAACUGCUAACCGGAAAGUUAGCUAGCACAUGCUAAAGUUAGCUAGCACCAUGCUACAGUAAACUAUCGAGGGACUCAAAGCGACACACGUAGCUUGUCGGUAAAAGUACGUCGCGUUGUCGCUAGUACUGGGAUAACACCAGUAGUAGUAAAGGAUGUCUUUAUCCCGGAUUCAGAGUCUGAGACUGGCAGCUGUACUGGAGGACUGUUCAGACCAGUUGGACAUACUGGAACAUACCCUGACAGUCAAGAUCGGCAGGCAGCGAGGCACUGUAGAGGCACAGGAGAAGGCCAGGCUGACCAAGCUUAGGGACGACUGCCAGUAUGUCUCGCAGCAGGUUUCCAAGCUGCAUUUGGAGCUGGAGGAGAAGCAGAGUGUCAGCUCUCUGCAGCAGUUGUUGGAGAGGGAGGAGCAGAAGAAGACGGCUGAGAACAUGAGAAGAGAGGCAAAGAGAGAGCUGGAGCGAAGAAAACAAACUCUAAAGAGACAGCAAGAGGAGAUCCAACAGAAAACUGGAAAACUGAAGGACAUGCAACGGCUGGCCAAAGAGCUGAAGGAUCAGCUCAAUGAGUCAUCAGAAAUCGCCAACAAGAAGCGUGUGGAGAAUAAAAUUGAGCUGCAGCUCCAGCAGACACAAAGGGAGACCAGCCGGGUUGAAAAGCUGCUGGAGGAGGAGCUUGAGCUGCUGAAAAAUCAGCUGAAGGAGGAGAGGAGAGUUCACGAGGAGUCACAGAAAUUCCUGCAAAAGAAACACGAGGAGUUGCAGCAGCAGCUGCAGCAGUGGCAGCAGCGCACAAAGCAGAUGCUGCAAGAGAAGGAGCAGCAGCUUAACAAUGUGUGCUGCAAAAGAACACUGACUUUGGACAGACUGAUGGAGAAGAGGAGACAGUUUAUGGAGAUGGAGCAGGUGGUGAUGGAGGACAGGGAGGAGCAGGAGAAGUUGCGUCAACAGCAGGCAGAGGCCAGAGCUGCUACCAAGCUGCAGGCCUGGUGGAGGGGCUGCAUGGUCCGCCAGGGCCUCGGUAGUUUUAAAAAAGCAGAGGAAGACAAGAAAGGGAAGAAGAAGAAGGAAGGAAAGAAAAAGAAGAAGAAAUGAGUUUUCUCUGACACUCCAGUGAGAUAUUGAAAUGUCUAUAAUUCAAAAAUAAUAGACGGUAAUUUAUGUUUUUUUUUUUUUGUUCUUUAUUUAAAAUAUGUUUUGUCUUUUUCAAACACACAGUAUGCAACAAAAAAAAGAAAAAUUCAACUCAUACAGUAUUUUUGAAAACAAAAGAUGUGCACUGUGUGAAGGUUAACAUAGAGCAUAUCAACACCAUUUAAUAAAUAAAGAUAAAAGCAGACACACUAGUUGCAUGUUCAUUCAAAGUCCUCUUAUACCAUAUUUUAUGUACAAUAUGAAUGCAAGAAAUCUAAAUGAGUUCCAGCAAUUAAGACUACUAAGUAGUCUACAGUUAAUGACCAUAGGCCUUACAUGUUAACAAAAGUCAACACCUUUAUCACUACAUGAUAAGGAUUUCAGUCAGACUCACAGUAUUUUAACACUGUUUUGUCUUUGCAAUCACAUACAUAUAUACAGUUCAUGAGUAGAUAAAAUAAAUCCUACAGCCAGUUGUCUUUCCUAAAUUAGCAUAUCAGACUACUGGACAUCAACUACACAAAGACUACAUCAUCAUGGAGAGAUGAAUCAUAAAAGAAAAGGCACACCCAUAUAUAAAAUGAAUGCAGUAAAAUUUCCAUCUGCUCCCAAUUUUAUG